AAGUUUGAUUAUAUAUAAGAGCAAGUACUGUUCUUUCAUUAUUCCUGGUCGAAAACAUGUCGCUCAAAGCUGGAUUUUUAUUCGCAACGCUCCUCAUUGGAAGCUAUGCAUUCCCAGUGCAAGAGCAGGAUAUGUCGAUCUUUUUCGAUCAUACGGAUUCAUCAGCUCGUAUCGUCGGAGGUACCACUGCUGGACGCGUGCCAUUCAUGGUGGCCCUUAGUACUGGAGUGUAUGUCAGGACCUUAGUCUGCGGAGGCUCUCUGAUCACCAACAGACACGUCAUGACUGCUGCUCACUGCAUCCAAGCAGUAUUUAAUGGGGAACAUUUGCUCAAUUCUCUCCGUGCGACCGUCGGCACCAACCGUUGGAACAGCGGUGGUACUAAUUACCGCAUCGCCAGUAACAUCACUCACCCUAACUACGUACACAGCAUAAUUAAAAACGACAUUGGAUUUCUCAUCACAGCUGAAAACAUAGUAAUGUCAACGGCAGUUCAGCCUGUUGUUCUGAACUAUGACUUUGUUGGCGCUGGCGUCGCAACCACUGUUACAGGAUGGGGAAGAACUAUUACCGGUGGUUCGAUAUCUCGAAAUCUGAUGCAGCUCUCAGCCUCCGUUAUCGAUGGCAAUCAAUGCGUAAAAGAUGUAGCCGACCGUGCCUCACAACUCAACACUAGACUUCCGGCUGUCGAGCCACACAUCGAAAUCUGUACUUUUCUGGCUACUGGACGCGGCACGUGCAACGGUGAUUCCGGCAGUCCGCUGAUGCGCGCUGAUCGCCAACAGCAAAUCGGAGUGGUUUCGUGGGGACUGCCGUGCGCGCGCGGCGCUCCAGACGUGUUUGUACGCAUUAGCGCCUACCGCAAUUGGAUUCAGCAGAACACCCAAUAAUAAUAUAUUGACUACAUGUAACGCCCAUAUUAAAUACGAUUCAACAUUAA